CUACGCGGCUUCCGUACACAGCGUGGAUUUCAAUGACAUUCUGAGCUUACAUGUCUUCAUGAGUUUUGCUUCUGCUUGUGUUCACAGCAAUGUCGUUAACCUUUUUAUUCAGAACAGUCGCUAGAGAUGCUGCAAAGGUCGGCCUUUCCCAGCAUCUGCAGUUGUUACAUAGUGGUUGUCAGCUCCGGGCAGCAGACAAAGCCCUCCUCAUGAAACUGCGCAAAAGCACUGGCUACACUUUCAUCAACUGCAAGAAAGCACUGGAGAAGUUUGAUAAUGACGUCACACAGGCAGAGAGCUGGCUGCAAGAGCAGGCCCAGAAGGAGGGCUGGAGCAAAGCACACAAACUUGAGGGCCGCAAAGCCAAAGAUGGUCUCAUUGGUUUGUUUGUCAGAGAUCAGGCUGCAGUUAUGGUGGAGGUGAACUGUGAGACAGACUUUGUUGCCCGCAAUGAGAAGUUUCAGCAGCUGGUUAAAAAUGUGGCCUUUGCCACACUGGCUCACCACCUGAAUAAAACCCAGAGCCAAGCCAGUUAUAUUAAGAGUGUCAUGCAAGGUGAAGAGUUAAACAAACUCAGUGUGGGUGAAGGAUCUUCACUUGCAGACCAGGUGGCUCUUACAAUAGGUCGCCUCGGUGAGAACAUGUCACUGAAACGAGCAGUGACAGUCGGUGUCCCUCCCGAGUGGCAAAUUGCAUCUUAUGUGCACGGUGACGUGAGCUGCCAUAAUGAAAUGGCCAUGGGGCGUUAUGGUGCCCUGAUCAUUUUCCAAGGUGGAAAGGAGGAAGAACGGGAAGCUUUAGGUCGUAAGCUUGGACAGCACGUAGUGGGAGAAGCCCCCCUCUCUCUGGGCAACAUGGAUGACCUGCCCUGUGGUGAAAGUGAGACACGUCUGCUCUCUCAGACCUUCCUGGGAGACCCCAGCAGGACUGUUGCAGAGUUCCUCAGGGGUAAACAGGCUCGAGUGUUGGACUUUGUCCGAUUUCACUGUGGAGAGGCAGCCAGUGAGAAAGCGGAAUGAAUGGAGAGAAACAAUUUAGUUUGUUUGUUUCAUCUGAAAAGAGCCAGUGUUUACUCUCUUAAAUACAGACAGUCAACAAAUUGUCGUCAUGAAUUUAAAAGCAGAAUAUAUAUAUAUA